GCAGAUACUCCCUUGCGGUGCACGCUCCCGGCCGGACGUGCACUUUGCAGACGCUCCCUGCUCGUCAGCCUCCCUGACCUCGCCGCCGCUCCCAGGUGCCGGCCCCAGCUGUGGCGCCGCAGCUGCUCCCCGGCGCGGCGCACUGGUGGCCCCGGCGGACGAUGGGCGAUGGGCUCGGCUCGGCGUGGAAGGAGUGCUGUUAUAGACACAUUGGUCCCAGGAUGUGAAAGACACAAGGCAGCAGCAGGAUGGAACUGAAAGGAGGAAAUACACUGACUAAUGCACCAGAGUGAGAUUGAUUCCUGCAUUGUGUGAUCUUUACAUACCUGGACCAUGCAUUUGCUCCUUGGUUUCAUGCUUUAAGAACCCGUGCGGUGAUUGUGAAGCUGUUGGGAAGCCAUGGCAUUCUUUACUCCGUGGAAACUAUCUUCUCAGAAACUUGGCUUCUUUCUGGUGACUUUUGGCUUUAUUUGGGGAAUGAUGCUUCUGCAUUUUACUAUUCAACAGCGAACUCAACAUGAAAGCAGUUCAGUGCUUCGUGAGCAAAUAUUGGAUCUCAGCAAAAGAUAUAUCAAAGCAUUGGCAGAAGAAAAUAGAAAUGUGGUUGAUGGGCCUUAUGUUGGGACGAUGACAGCAUAUGAUCUAAAGAAAACUCUUGCAGUCUUACUGGAUAAUAUCUUGGAGCGUAUUGGCAAGCUAGAGUCCAAGGUGGAGAACCUUGUAAUUAACGGCACAGGAGCAAACUCUACCAACAGUACCACCACUGCUGCUCCCAGCUUAGGAGCAGUUGAAAAGCUCAACGUAGCAGAUCUCAUUAAUGGAGCCCAGGAACAGUGUGAAUUGCCUCCUAUGGAUGGCUUCCCUCACUGCGAGGGCAAAAUAAAGUGGAUGAAAGAUAUGUGGCGAUCGGAUCCAUGUUAUGCAAGUUACGGUGUGGAUGGGUCGACAUGCUCCUUUUUUAUUUACCUCAGUGAGGUUGAAAACUGGUGUCCUCAUUUACCUUGGAGAGCAAAAAAUCCUGAUGAAGAAACUGAUAAAAAAGCAAUGGCUGAAAUCCAUACCAACUUUGAUCUCCUCUACAAAAUGAUGUCAAGGCAUGAAGAAUUCCGAUGGAUGAUGUUGCGCAUCAGACGAAUGGCUGAUGCUUGGAUUGAAGCAAUUAAGUCACUUGCAGAAAAGCAAAACCUGGAGAAAAGAAAACGAAAAAAAAUCCUUGUUCAUUUGGGACUUUUAACAAAGGAAUCUGGAUUCAAGAUCGCAGAGAAUGCAUUUAGUGGUGGCCCACUUGGUGAAUUAGUCCAAUGGAGUGAUUUAAUUACAUCUCUCUACUUACUGGGCCAUGACAUUAGGAUUUCAUCUUCACUGGCAGAGCUCAAGGAGAUUAUGAAGAAGGUUGUAGGUAACAGAUCUGGCUGCCCCACCCAGGGAGAUAAAGUGGUAGAACUCAUUUACAUUGAUAUUGUGGGACUUACUCAGUUUAAGAAAACGCUUGGUCCAUCGUGGGUUCAUUACCAGUGUAUGUUACGAGUACUGGAUUCGUUCGGGACUGAACCUGAGUUUAAUCAUGCUCAUUAUGCCCAGUCUAAAGGCCACAAGACGCCAUGGGGGAAAUGGAACCUUAAUCCACAGCAGUUUUAUACAAUGUUCCCUCACACUCCAGAUAACAGCUUCCUUGGGUUUGUGGUGGAGCAGCAUCUAAAUUCCAGUGACAUUAAACACAUUAAUGACAUCAAAAGGCAGAAUCAGUCACUUGUUUAUGGCAAAGUAGAUAACUUCUGGAAGGAUAAGAAGGCUUAUUUGGACAUCAUUCAUACCUACAUGGAAGUCCAUGGAACCGUCCACGGGACAAGUACUGUCCAUAUGCCCAGCUACGUGAAAAACCAUGGCAUCCUUAGUGGGCGAGAUUUGCAGUUUCUGCUGAGAGAAACAAAAUUGUUUGUUGGACUUGGAUUUCCAUAUGAAGGGCCUGCUCCCCUAGAGGCUAUUGCUAAUGGAUGUGCUUUUCUAAAUCUAAAAUUUAACCCACCGAAAAGCAGCAAAAAUACAGACUUUUUCAAAGGCAAGCCAACACUCCGAGAGUUGACAUCUCAGCAUCCUUAUGCUGAGGUUUACAUUGGGAAGCCUCAUGUCUGGACUGUGAACUUCAAUGAUCCUUCUGAGGUGGAGAACGCAGUGAAAGCAAUUUUGAAUCAAAAGAUUGAACCUUAUUUGCCCUAUGAAUUUACAUGUGAGGGGAUGCUACAAAGGAUGAAUGCAUUCAUUGAAAAGCAGGAUUUCUGUCACGGGCAAGUGAUGUGGCCCCCAUUAAGUGCACUGCAGGUAAAAAUUACUGAACCCGGAAAAUCAUGUAAACAAGUUUGUCAGGAAAACCAGCUCAUCUGUGAGCCAUCCUUCUUCCAGCACCUUAACAAAGACAAGGAUCUGCUGAAGUAUAACGUGGAAUGCCAUACUGUUGAAUCUGCAAAUGAUAUCGUGGUCCCAUCUUUUGAUGAAAGCAGGAAACACUGCAUUUUUCAGGGCGAUCUUUUGCUGUUCAGCUGUGCAGGAUCCCAUCCAAACCACAAACGAAUCUGCCCCUGCAGAGACUAUAAUAAGGGACAGGUUGCACUUUGUAAAGAUUGUCUAUAGCAGCAGCAGCAGCACCUUGCUUUAGUUUGGGGACAAACAAAGUGGUUUUGAGAGAACUACUUAUACUUCCUGCACUUUUGUCCAGUUGUCUUGCUGCAGGCUGAGCAAAUGCUGCCAAGCGGAAUUCUCUGAGAAGAGGGAUUCAUAAUUGAAAUGAUUUUUAUUUUUUUUCUAAGUGAACACUUGCAGUGGAGCUCUUUGAAAUCUUCCACCUACUCAAGGAGAAGAGAAAUGACGUUCCAUGCUUUGUAACUAUUUGGAGAUCAUGGCGAAGAACAGUUUAUAGAAAAUUCCCAGACCCAUCAAACUUUUUUUUGUUGUGUUUUGGAUGAAACAAGUGUUUUCUAUUUUUUUAACAUGUUAAAACAUCCCGUCGUCAUCAGCUAAGAAUAUGAACAUCAUUCCAGUACAAAAUUGGGAAAAAAAUGCGCUUGGGGGUGGGGGAGAGGACUACAUUUAUUAUUGGGGCACUAUUUUGGGUGCUGCUGCAGCUUGAAUGGCUAUAAAAUGGUGCAUUUCACAAGAACUCGGAACCAUAAGGUAACACAAAUAACAAUAGAUAGCUGCCUGCUCCCAGUCCUUUUUUCAAAUCCUCACAUACUACAAGGUACCGUCUGCAUCACAACUACUGUACCGGAGCACUCUAAACAGGCAGCUCUGGGCAUGUGAGGAUCAGUGGCUGCCAGUGUGUGACAAAUCCUGUUGUUGCUUGAGAACGGAUUAUGAUUGUGGCAUACUCUGGCCAUUUUAGAAUGGACUUGUCAUCAGUUGACUGGGUCUGUUUAGAGAGUGAUCCUUGGAAUUUGCCCAUGCUUCUGUUGUUGUCUGCCUAUUCAAAGUACUGUGUGAAGCAAAAAGUAUUCCGCAUCAUUUGAGCAAUAUGGUUUGAUCCUCAGUUUGCUAUAUCUUACAGUACUUAAAACAUUACUGCAAGAUGGAGACAGGAUCAACUAACUAUCAUUAUUGUAUCAUAGGAAUGUGAACGGUCUUCAUAACAAGCUCUGCUUUUAAAGAGGAAGAUAUUUUAAAGAGCAAUUAUGAGAGAAGGAAAACUUCUUAAGAAAAAUAUUGUUGAUCGCUUUUCCGGAUUCUUUGUCCUUUUUUUAAAUAGGCGGGCCAGUGAUAUAUUUAAAAACUACAGUUAAUUACCAAGAGUUUGAAUUGAAAUUCAGACUUGUUUAGAACAGUGAACUAAAUCUUUUGAAAUAGUAAAACGUAUCUUUUUUUUUUUUAAGAGUAAAUUUCUAUUUUUUUGCAGCACAAGCUGACAUGUUUGAAAGCACUGUUCGUGGCUGGGAAAAGUUACGUUAAAUUAGAGGGAAAUGAAUUGCUUAGUCUGCAGUAGGAUUUGAAAAAGACCAUAGCUUGCAAGUUUAAAACUUGAGUAUUUCCCAGUCAUAACUGAAAAACCUCAAUUUGAUUUUUUUUCCUUUCUUUGUAAAGAUUUAACAAGCACUACCCAGUCUCUCCAUUAAUGAAAGUAUAGGCACUUUAAUAUUUUUCUCUAGAAUAUACCAGGUUCACUCAUUUUUUAUACCUGUCAUUCAUUAUCUGUGUGAGAGUAUUGAAGUCUCUCAUGACCUACCAAAGACCAAAUAAGGGAAACAUGACAGAAACUGUCAAAUUAUCAAGAGAAAUUAACAGAAAAGUAAAAGUUCAGUUUCCAACUUGAGUGUAAUUUCAAGUAUGUUUAAAUUCCCUAAUUCAACACUCCCAUUUCAUUGUUACACAAUGUAACACGUACUGCAGACUAGAUAGAAAUUGGUAUCUGAAUGAUUGAGUAUCCAGAAAGUAUAUAUGGUGCCUGUGCAGCAGUGUUUAUCAAUAAUAACUGGGAUGUAAUGAUAGUAAAGCUUCUGUAAUUGCAAUAAUUCUACAAAAAUGGAACAUAACUGGUUACAUAUUAGGCAUAGUUUUGUAUGAAAAGAAAUUGAGCAGUUGUUGGGAGUGUCGCAGGCAUUCCCUCGGUCAGCAUGGAUGUUGUUUGCAUUGGCUUUUAAUAUCCAGGGAACUCUGAUUCUUGGCUUUUUUUAGGAUUGGAAUCUGAGGUGCCUCAACAGUUCAUUUUAGGUGUUCUCCAUAUUCCUGUACAUAUGAUACGAGUGCAGCCAGAAGAAUCCCAGGCUUUAAAGAAAAUAUGUGCACCAAUUUGGGCCUUAUAUCUGGCAUUAACUUAUUGGUGACAACAGAAUCUGCCUUUUUGUGAUGCAACCUGAGUUUCUGUAAUCAGAAAUAUAAUAAGUUAGAUGGAACAUCACAUCAUACAUUGGCAAUAAAGACUUGUGCAUGCGUGCGUGCUUAAACAAUCCAAAGCACCAUUGCCUACUGUAAUAUAACAAUUAGAAAACAUUUGCUGUUUUAAAAAAAAAGGCACUAAGCUGUAAAUACACACUUGCUUGUUUCUUACCAUUGUAUGGAACACAUGGCAUAAUACAAUUUGUUUUGCCUCUAAAAACUGAGGAUAAAGGAUUUCUGCUAGUUUGUUGAUACUGCCAUCUCUGAUGCACUGUGUUGUUCAGUAAUAUAGUGCUGUCAGUGCAGUCUUUACCACAGCAGGGGGAGCUAUGAUAUCUAUAGUAUUUAUGUUUAUUUCUGAGCUACUGAAUUUUGUUACUGUAUAUUGGAGGAAGGGGGGGGGGGGGAGGAGGAGAGAAAACUGUUAAGCUCCUUCCAGUAGCAGAAAUCAAUGUGGGUUUUUUGUUUGUUUGUUUGUUUGUUUUGUUGUUUUUUGGAGGGAGGAAGGGGGCAUACUCAGUAGGGCUACAUCCUACUCCCACAGAGAAUUUUGGGAAUUUUGCUGUUCCCUUCAAAAGUCCUGCCCAAUAUGAGACAUUUCCAAGGACUUUGUUUUGUUGUUGUGUCUAAACCUUGAAGAUGCUGAGUUCUCUUUUCAAAUGGAAAAGUACUCUUACAAUGUGCAGCUUCAGUUUUAUUUUCUGAAAGAGAGAAGCAUGUUAGAUCAUGGGAGAUAACUUUCUACAUAUGGAUAUUCUUUGUUUUCAAAUUCUGCUUUGCUUGCCUUGAAGACUUAUUGGAUAGAAAAAAACUGAAGUUGCUAUCAACAUUUUAGUUUUUUUUUUUUUUUCCUGUGGUAAUAGUCUUUAAAUUUAUAAGCCAGUGGGUUCUUGUACAACUGAAUACUCCAUUCUGCAAGUAAGCACUCAGGCAGAUGAUAGGGUAUUAUUUUAGAAAUUAUGAAUCAUUCACUAAAAUUGUUGAACUAGAUUGUUGCCCAUUUUUUCUAAAACGUGGACACACAAUCUUCUGUCAUAAACUCCAUGAUUAAGCUGAAUCUUUCCCCUCUUACUUAAAUAAUAAAUGUAUAGUCCACAUACUGCACUUGAAUGAUGGCUUUGUGGAAGAAUGAUUGGUUAUAAGAUGGGAUUGCAUUAAUGUAUGUAUUUUACUUUGUCACUGAAACUCGCACUUCCUUUUUCAGACUUCAGGUUUUUGCAAGAAUUAAUUUUGGAUACACUGACCUGUAAUUGAUGGAAAUCAGGUGUGUCAAAACUGAAGUAUAACAACCAUAUUAUAAGCUCAUAAACAUAUCCGUCAUAAAUCAAAAAAUUCUUUUGUUUUAAACUUUUGUAUUUUUUGUAUGUGACCUGAUUUUUGAAAAAUCUUAUUCCUAUGAGAUUAGAAAACUUGAGAAAAGAAUUUACAUAAUUUAUUAAAGUUAACAUAAAAGGCUUGCCUUUGAAAGGUAAAGUUGGUAAAUAUACACUGUUUAAAAAUGCCAAUAAAAACCUCAUUUAUUUCAUAUAUGCAAGUUGAUUUGCACAUGUACAACUAGAUACGCUUAUUGCAUAUUUGGCUUAGUUUUCUUUAUGGUUGUGUCUUUUGUUUCUCUCUUUGUAAUUUAUUAGUUACAAUUGUGUGUUUUGUUUAAUGUCAUUAAGUUACUUCUGCAAAUAUUUAAUGUUUAUGUGCCUUUUUUAUUUUUGGAUGUAUGUUUGGAAUGUGGGCACUGUGUGAACAAGUAUAAUGGAACACUGGUUUUAGGGUUUUAAAAAAGGCCUUGUUGCUAUAUAAAUACUAAGUGUGACUUCUAAAAUGUUUUUUAAAUAGCAGAGAAAAGUUGUCUAGAAAUAUGAAGGAAAAGAUAUAACUGGUUCUUUGCAAAGAAUCACCAUUGUUAAUGUAAUAUCUUUUGUUGAAUAUGUGUGGUCUGAUGGGAAGAUAGUGCAUUGGAAUGCAAUAUUUAAACAUAGCUCUCUUGUUUAAUGACCUGGGACCAAAAUAGAUCCACACUGCCCCACAAGAAGACAAUGAAGAGCUGGAAAUAGCUAUUAAAAUUGCCAAAUGUGAGUUUGUUAAGGAAAUGAGAGAGAGACAUUAAAGAUUGUGAGGUACUCAGAUACUUCAGUAAUGGGAAUAUAUAAGAUAGGCAUGAGUCUGGGUGCCUGAAAAUGUUUUGUUCAUUUGCUGGCACUACUAGCCAGAAUACAAUCGUUUGCUUUUCAUGGGUAUCUGACUUUAUGCAAUUAGAGUCCAUAAGUGAGAGGGAACUCGGGGUACUCAGUGCCUGGCAGGCUCUUGGCGAAUUAGAAAUGUUUGUCUUUCCUGCAGGAAAAGGAGAUUUUGAAUAGCUUAUGAUCAAAUUUCAGUGUAGCAUGAUCUAGAGGACUAACCUUGGAAACGGGGGCCAGGAACUCCUAGGUUCCAAUUGCAGCUCUAUCACUGAUUUCUGCAUCAUUUUGUAAGUCAUUUAUUGCCUGAUUUUUUUUCCAGAGGUACAUAGCCCCCACAGCUUCCAUUGACUUCAAAUGGAAAAUCAGGUCAUUAACCUGUGUUUCUUUUCCCUCUGUACAAUACAGCUUCUAAUACCUAUUGUGCUUGCAUACCUCAGCCUGGUGGUGUGAGGAUUUUAGCUUGUACUCCACUUUGAAAAUGCACAAUACAGUGCAACAUAACUGCUAGUGUGCCCUGCCCUUUUACAUGGCUGACUUACCCAAGUUACAUAGAUGAUUUGGAAGCUUAGAGUUGUGUUUUUAAUAUAUACAAGCCCAAAUUGCUUUCUCAAGUAUGUCUGGCUCACAGUGCAUUUAGGGCCAGAUUCUGUUCCCGUCAAAGUCAAUGGUGGAAUGGACUUGAAAGGAGGCUGGAUCAGAUUCUGGUAGCCUUUGCAUCCACCAACUCCAUUCUGUUUUCUUCAAAUUAAGAAAGCAGCUACUCCCUUUAAUAAACAGGAGGCACAGUUUGAUUAACGGGAUUAACAGUUUGAUUCAAAUGGGAUAAAGGUUUCACAUUUUAAGUUACUUUUAUCAACAAUAGGCUCUCUUGCGCAUCUAUCAGUCAUAAAUGGUUCUGAAUUGUUCACUGCUAUGAUGUAUCUUUCUGCCAUGACACCUCGUUUAUUUAAAAAUGUAUAUAAUUUAAUAUUUUAAAUAGGUUGAAGUUUUGUUUAAAUAUCCAUUCACCGGGGGGGAUAGGGAAUUCAGUUUCUAAAGAAAAACGCAGAUGACAGAUUCCUAUUAUGACAAUCUUCAGUGGGAAGUGAGUGAUGAGUUGUUGCUGUAGCUCUGAUUUUAUUCAGAUGUACUAGUUUUGUUGGCACGGCCACAAAUAUUGGCAUGGCUUUGUGAUAUUUGGGCCACAGCCACUUCACUUUUAUCUCUUGAUUAGCAGAGCUACAUCCACUUCUAGUUCUCCUUUGUCCCACUGUCCUCGAGGCGGUUCCAAUCAAGGAGAUUUUCAAUUGGCAUCAGUCUGCUUGGAACAAGAACAGGGAAGGCUUAGGAGGCCUUUAAAUAACUGUUGCUGUAAAUCCAACCUUUAAAUAUAUAUUGCUUUAAAAUCUAUUAUUGAACCAAGUCUUUUCCUUCAUAUUUUUAAACUGCUUUAUAGAAAAAAAAAUUUCAAUUUGUUUGAAACUUUUCAGUAUAAUGCUAUCUAAUAGAAUAAAAAUGUGUCCACAGGAUCAGCAAACUGGCUCCUGAGCAGAGUGCAGACUGUAGGAAAUGUAUAGCAAAUGCAAAUGGCUGAAGCUUGGCUGUCUCCCGUUGAGUUAUCAAUCCUAUCCUUGUUCACAGAGCUAAUGUCUUAACACAGUUCAGCUACCACAAACCUCAUGUUUAUACUUGUACAUGGCUUCAUUUUAAUUUAAGUCCUUUUAUGUUAAUACUCUUUAAAAACAGCAAUACUAUUGUGAGUCAGCAGACCCACUCCAACCCUUCAAGAAUUCAACAUUAACUUAAUUAAUGUCACAUUGUCAAAUAGUUAAGACCUAGUAUCUGCUCUGCUUUAAACCCUAAUAAAAUAGGAAUAACCUCAACAUUCCAAACACAGAACCUGCUUUAAAAAUCCACUUACUAUAAAAUCUGCAAUGGCCUUCCGUCUGCUGUCUGCAGAGAGAUUAAUACUAGCAGUGCUCUAGACUGAUACUGUAUGUCCAACAGCACUAACCUGGACUACCCAGGUGAGUAAAGCUACUCAUGUGCACGAGUUCUUUAGGAUCAUAAGGGUGCAUGUUGCAGCAUUGCAAUAUUAUGGACCCCUCCCUGUUCCGACUGAAGUUAAUGGCAAUGUGUCCAUUGAUUUCUGUGAGAGGAGACGUUUGCAUCACACUGGAAGUUCUAACCCCCUGGUGUCACUGUUACAAAGCAUGGGGCCAAAUCCACUCCAACUCUCCCCUGGCCGUGCAUGAAGGAUUCAGUCUUUCAAGGUGCUGGACACUGGUCCUGAUCUAACAAAGCAAUGGCUUAGCUUUAAGUAAGUGAAUAUCCUCAUUGAGUUGAUUGGGCCUACCCAUUUGCUUAAAGCUAAAGACGUUAAAUGCUCUGUUAGAUCGGGGGAGAGUGUGCAGCACCUUGAGUGGUCAAGCCUCAUAAGAGUACAAAACACACAGGGCCAAAUUCAUCCCUGCUGCCACUCCAUUAGCUUCAGUAGGGUUAUACCAGGAAUGAAUUUGCUGCAUUCAUUAACAAAUUUUUUGCUGUAAUCAUUGAUGCUGGAGACCAUAAAAGAAAGUAACCCCCUUGGUUUGUUCUCCCUACGAAAUACAGGGAGGAACAAGGAAAUGCAGUAUUUGCCAAAUGGAAAAGGAAAUUACUAGGGUCAGAAAUGUUACCUGGAAGAUUCUAAAGCUAUUCAAGAAAAGGUGGGUGGGCGGAUAAAAAGUUAAAUUUAAAUACUAUAAUGAAGUAUUUUGAGUUUUGAAGGGCCUAAUUCUGCUGUCUUUGUUCACAGAAAAUUUUGAAGUCAGUGGGAGAUUUGCAUGUACACAAGAACUUCAGGGUCAGGCUCACGUUAUACGUUUUCAUUUUUAACUCUCUUGAAAUUUAGUUCUUUGCUUUUCUGAAUGGUUGUGUUCCACUAUAUUAGGUUCAAGCGGUUUGAUUCACAUAGUACAAGUUGCAAUGGCUGGUUACGUAUUGUCAAGUUACUGAAAUUCACUAGGAUGGGAUUCUUUAAAAAUAUGUAAAUGUCUGAAUGUGUACUUUAAUGGCAUAGAACUACACUUUGAUUUUGCUGUUGUAGAGAGAACUAGGGAGAACUUUAUUUUUCAAUAAACUUUUUCUUGUGUGAUUUGGA